AUGGACCGAUUCACAAAACUGUAUGAGCUCUACGACAAGCCAUCGAAUGUCUUAUUCGAGGAGGAGAACUUCCUUGACUACCGGCCAGGAGGAUUUCAUCCUGUUGCCCUCGGAGAUACUUUGAAAGAUGGCCGCUACAAAAUACACCACAAACUGGGCUACGGUGGCUUCUCAACAGUUUGGGUUGCUAGAGACUACAGGCAUCAAUGGGUGUCGGUCAAAAUCGCGAAGGCGGAGAAGACAAAUCAGUCACGAGAGCUUCAAGUUCUACGAGCUUUGGCGCAGUGCUCGAAUGUGACUCCAGGUUCUACAGGUAUUGUUCGACUCCUCGACGAUUUCCUCCAUGAAGGCCCCAACGGAUGUCAUCAGUGUCUCGUGUUCGAACUUCUUGGCCCUACGGUUGACAUGAUGGUGAACGACGCGCAUCAAUUUGGGGAGCGUCUCGGUACGGAUAUAAUCGUCAAAGUAUCGACCCAAAUGCUGGAGGCUGUUGCCUUUAUGCACGAAGCUGGCUAUGCACACGGAGAUCUCAGCACAAAGAACCUUGCCUUCUGCAACGAUCGCUUAUCUCAUCUAUCCGAAGAAGAGCUCUUUGAAGCACUUGGGCCUCCGAGUCCAGAAGGGUUAACUCGAUUAGAUGGCAAACCCCUCGGACAAGGCAUCCCUACCCAGCUGGUAGAGUCAGCACUGUGGACGGGUUGGCCACUUGAUGACGACGAAGAUGAUGAAAACGUUCGCAUUAUUGAUCUAGGAGAGGCAUUUGAUCAGAAUGCCGCUCCUAAAAGUCUUGCACAGCCUGGAGGUUUGCAAGCCCCCGAAUCGAUUUUUACCGGCAAGGUUGAUUACAAACAAGACUUGUGGCGUGUAGGCUUAGUGAUCUAUUAUCUCAUCUUCGGAGCUUUACCUUACAGCUGGUGGGGAAUCAAUCCUUUGGUUGAAGCGAUGAUGGACGUUUUUGGGGAGCUACCGCCGGAGUGGCAGUCCAAGUGGGAACAAAUGAGCUCCGAUGCUGUAGCUAGAGGGGAUCCCGGGGCUGGAAAAUGGAAACAAACUCCGCACUGGCGACUGGAAAGGCAGUUUGAUCAGCAUGUCCAUGAGCCGGAAUUGAAGCCUUUUCUUCCGGUGAUUCAAGGGUUGACAAUGCUCUUACCGUCGGAUCGCAUUUCGGCAUCACAGGCCCUUCAGUUGAUCAGGGACAAUUCCGGCAACAUCGAACACAGGGCAUAGAUUAAUGCAAUGCACACCUUCUCUUGGAUUGGAGAGCCAACAACAUCCCAUCAAUGAAAGCCG